CUGGCUGCCUGCUGGAGGAACGUAGCAACAGCUGGAGAGGAGUGGGCACGGAGGGCCCGCCGACUGUCGCUCCCGGAGGUUGCCCCGGAACCUGGACCGCCCACCAAGCUCUGCAGGGCCCUUGGCGCCUCAUGAUUCGUGUAGACUCCAGGCUGGCUCUCCACAGCGUCCAGCCCGCUGUCAUCCUGGUGUGCUUCAGUGAAGAGAAAGGGGUGCCAGUCAUUGCCCAAGAUCCUGGACCUGCCCCGGGGACUGUCAGGCGAGGAGGCUCCUCAAGCAGCAGCCUGAGUGAGAGCAGGUGGGACACAGCUCCGCGCUGCCGCUGAGCAUCACGUGGCUGCUCUGGGUUUCUGUUUCUUCAAUGAGAAUAAGGGCGAAGGUCAGUCCCCCCGGCUCUGACGCCUGGAGCCCUUCCCCGGACCACGGCGGUGUCCUGUACUUCAUCGACACCUUGAGCAACCCCUCCACCACGCCACCUCCCGGCCCUGAAUUGGAUCUCACCUGCAGGAAAAUGAACGGGGGUGGAAAGGAGUCGAGGAUUGUGCUGAGGUUUGCGGUCUGAGCAUCUGGGUGAACAGGAGUCCUGUUACUGAGCUCGAGUUGACUGUAGGCCGAGCAGGGACCUGCCGGCCCUUGAGCGGGGGUGUCGGAGACAGGCGUCCAGCCCAGGCCGAGUGGACGGGGCGUCCUUCGGGGUGAGCCGCCCGCUGACUGCCAGUGGCACCUGCGUCCCCGUGACGGGGCUGCCGGGGCCCCGGCCACCCGGACCCGCCUCGUCUCAUGGAGCCUCGGGGUGAGAAGUCGGGAGAGGCCGGCGGGGUGCGCGUCACCCCUCAGCUGCUCAGGGCGCGCUCAGGCGAGUUCGCCCUGGAGUCCGUCGUGCUGCUGAAGCUGCAGGGCCUGGGGCUGGUGGACCUGGGCUGCCUGGGGGAGCGCCCGGGCCUCGGGUGGCCGGACCUUUCGGGCAACGCGCUCACCCAGCUGGGCCCGCUGGCCUCCCUGCGCCAGCUGGCCGUGCUCAACGUGGCCCACAACCGGCUGACGGGGCUGGAGCCCCCGGCCGCCUGCGAGAACCUGCAGAGCCUCAACGCCGCGGGCAACCCGCUGGCCGGCCCCGCGCAGCUGCAGCGUCUGGCGGCGCCGCGGGGCCUCGAGCGCCUGCGGCUCCGCGACCCCCUGGCCCGGCUCAGCAACCCGCUGUGCGCCAGCCCCUCCUACCGGGCCUCCGUCCGAGAGCUGCUGCCCGGCCUGACGGUCAUCGACGGCGAGCGCGUGAGCGGGCGCGGCAGUGACUUCUACCAGCUGUGCCGGGACCUGGACAGCUCCUUGCGCCCCAGCUCCGGCUCCGGCCCGCGAGCCGUGGAGGCCCAGCCCCGGGUGGAGCCCGGCUGCUGGGAGUCCUGGCCCACGCGCAGCAGCUCCAUCCUGGAGGAGGCCUGCCGCCAGUUCCAGGACACGCUGCAGGAGUGCCACGACCUGGACCGCCAGGCCAGGGACAGCCUGGCCCAGGCCGAGCAGGCGCUCAGCCCCGCCCGCGCCACCUCCUUUGUCUUUUGAAUGCGCCCCGUGGCCGUGGCCCGUGGGGUUGGCACGCUGUGGCCUCCCUGCUUGUCUUCGUGGUUUCAUCGUGCUGGCCGCUGGCCCUGCACACGGCCCUCUGAUGGGCCCCCUUCCCUAAGAGCAGCCCCCCUCCCUCUCACACCUCCCUCAAGGAAAAUUCCCCACCCAUCCAUCAGGGACACACCUCCCUCGGGCCCUCCUCAGGCAGCUGGCACCGUGUGAGGCUGUCCUGCACCUACGCUGUGCUCCUGGGAGGAGGCCCGGCCUUCUCGUGUCCACGGCUGCUGCCACUCCUGGCUGCCUGAGGCUGAGGCUUAGUGGAGUAAAGUUGCUCGGUCCUAAGGCUAAAGGUGAGAGGCAGCGAACCUCCUGCCCAGCCCGUCCUGGGAGAGGACGCAGCAGAGCUCAGAGCGUGAAAGCCGCAUCUUCCAGGUUGGCCUGUCCAAGUGACCCUCUGCUGUGCCCCCCGGCCCCAGGUCUCCCUGAAGCCGCCACUGCCAUGCCCACCCGUGCCAAUCCCCAUUAAAUACUCGUGUUUUAAUUUGCA